CCUCCUCAUUUGCGGCGAUACAGAACGGAAGUGCCCUUUACUGUAGACACCGGGAAACGGUAGCGCUACGCUGAACUGCGGAACCCUCUUCUCCAAACCUACGUUGAGCCCGCUUGUUUUUUUGUUUGUUUUUGGGCGGGAAACCGGGUGUUCAGAGUAAACGAGAGGAGAGUGGAAGUCACUGAGGUUUUAUCCAGCGAAGAGUUCUCUGUAAAUUGUGUAUUACAAAAUCAAAGCAUUACAUUUAUUUGGAGAUUUGGAAUAAUAAAUGAGAGGGGGAUAAAACUAUAAAGCAGUUACCAUGUCUAACCCCCUCAAACAAGUAUUCAACAAAGAUAGAACAUUCCGCCCCAAAAGGAAAUUUGAACCAGGGACGCAACGCUUCGAGUUGCACAAGAAGGCCCAGGCUUCCCUCAAUGCAGGGCUAGAUUUGAAAUUGGCUGUCCAGCUGCCACACGGAGAAGAUCAAAAUGAUUGGGUAGCAGUCCACGUGGUAGAUUUCUUCAACCGUAUCAACCUGAUUUAUGGUACCAUCAGUGACAGCUGCACUGAGCAGACCUGUCCAGUUAUGUCUGGGGGUCAGAAAUAUGAGUAUAGAUGGCAGGAUGAUAACCGAUAUCGAAAACCUACUGCUCUUUCUGCUCCAAAGUACAUGAAUUUGUUGAUGGACUGGAUAGAAGUUCAAAUAAACAAUGAGGGAAUAUUCCCUACAAAUGUUGGUACUCCCUUUCCAAAGAACUUCUUACAGGUUGUGAAGAAAAUCCUAUCUAGACUAUUCCGUGUAUUUGUUCAUGUCUACAUUCACCACUUUGAUAGGAUCAUCCACAUGGGAGCUGAGGCUCAUGUCAACACCUGCUACAAGCACUUUUACUACUUUGUUACAGAGUUUAAUCUGAUAGACACCAAGGAGUUGGAACCAUUAAAGGAAAUGACACUGAAGAUGUGCCACUGAGAGAUGAGGCUUCUUGUGCUCACAUCACAUUUCCACUUCCUGCCGUUCACUGUGGAGCCUGUCAAUUAACUGCUGAAUUUAGAACCCUCUGGAACUAGACAGAGGAUAUGUGGAAAAAAAGACUUGUAUUUUUUUUUUUAUAUGAAUAGUUCUAUAUAUAUUUUUUUUUAUAUCUACAUUUCGAUAUCUCGCACUUGAUAUAAGCUGUGACAAUUCAGGACAACUCUUUAUUUUCUAAUACUGUAAAACUGGUUCUAUUUCUCUCUAGAUUUUAUUUUUGUAUUUUGAUGGCAUAACAGCCUUUAUUUGUGGUCUACCUAAUGCAUGCAUAAUUAUGUACUUUCAGUCAUGUAACAUAAACACCAGCUUUGGUUUUCAGCUGCCACUUCACAGCUUGUACUCUGUUGCACAUACUUAACUACAAGACUUUUUAUUUUCUUAUGAAAUAUUAUUAAAUACUAUAAAUAGAUAUUAUGAUUCUUACAUUCCAUUUAUCUUAAAUACAUUAUAAACAUUACCUUUUUUAAUGUAACAUGCACUUCAUUUAAAUUUCAUUAGUUGUAAUGUUAACAGUUUAACACCAAUUUACCCUGCAUAUGUUGGCAUUUUUAAUUUUAGCUUAAAUUGAGUCAAAUUUCAAAACUUUCCAAUUUAAAUAAACAUGUGGAACCAGCCAGAUCUUAAAGGCUCUUGUAGAGUAGGCAACAGUUUUUAUACUGUUGCAUUUUGUUGCCUGUUCAUAACAUUUUAAAUAGUGUUUUCAGGUUCCAUUUAUUUUUUUAAAUGGAUAAAGCACAUAACUCCGGUUUUUAUUUUAAUGACUUGAAUGUAUGUAUUGAAUUCCACAUUCACUGGUACUUUAUACAUGUAAUUUCUGCAAAAAUAUACCACAUCACCAGCCUUGUCCUUAUCUUAAUUGAGCAAGAUAAUUUGUAGCACUAACAUUUUCUUUAUAACAACCAGCAUGGGAUCUAUGUUUACUGGACAUGUGCGUUUAGAAUCUUCAUUAGGAUCUGAAUGCAAAAGAAGGUGGCCACUAGUGGCAUUCUGCUCUUUUCGGAGCCAGAUUUAUUCUUGUUAAAGUUCAACACACUAAGAUCUGUGCAAAUCCAGAUUUUAGUGUGGUGCAUUUUUACAAGAAUAAAUCCGGUUCCGAAAAGAGCCAAAUACGAGCGACCUCCUUCUAUGCACUUUCGAAUCCGAAUGCACGUCUACUGUUUACAUUGCGUCAGUUAUUAAAUGUGAAAUUAGGGUUAAUUUAACAGGUUGUUCCGAUGUCUAUUUUCAAAAAUGGUUAUCAUUUUGUCUCUGAAAGGAGCUCAAAUAUAUUUAUUUUUCUUUUUUAAGGAACUCCACAUUUUGUAUAUGUAUAUGGUUGAUAAAAUGCUAAGAAAGUUUUCUAUUUUCUUACAUAGAAAAAGUAUUUUAAGUGCCUAUGUUUUUGCUAUCAGAAUGAAGAAGUGGUUGUCACUGAAGCUGUAAUAAAUUAUGCAGUGUUUACUAGCUCAA